UAUAUUACAUUUAGAUUGUUUACAUAUGUUUACGGAGGAGAGGCAGCCAUGGUCAUAUAGUAGAUCCGUGGAUGCAAUAAGUCCAUGGAUGUAAUACAGACUUCUGUCCAUCCAUCCAUUUUCUUCGGCUUAUCCGGGGCCGGGUCGUGGGGGCAGCAGUCUAAGCAGGGACUCCCAGACUUCCUUCACCCCAGACACGUCCUCCAGCUCCUCCGGGGGGACUUCUGUCCACUUGUUAAAAAUCAAAUGCGUAAUUUCCCCCCAAUUUAGCCUUAGCCAUAAGACAAAUUUCUAUUACGAAACCUAAUUCUAACUCUAACCUGAUUGAGGAAUAAUAUCGUCUAAAAUGAGCAUCAAUGUUAAGUGGCUGUUGAGCGGCAUUAACUGAGGGGAAAAUGCGCAUGUCAUAAUAACACUCCUAACCUUAACCUUUAACUUAAGUUAAUUUAUUAAAUCAGUGUAAACACUCGCCUAUUUCUACAUGGACCAGUGUAGGUAUGCAAUGGAGGAAAUGUGAGUUAAGUGUUUUGCCCAAAGGCACAGGCUGCACUUGUGAAGGGGGGGUUGAACCGCAGACCUUUGCUUGGACAAAAACUCCAACUAUGAGCUACUGCUGUCUGAGUAAAAUUUAAACUACUCUAUCCUCCUCCAUCCUGUGAUAUUGUUCCAGUUAGAACAUGUCAGACCAAUCUUUGCUGAUACUGUAUGGGAGUCAGACUGGAACAGCCCAGGACACAGCCCAAAGGAUUGCCCGACAGGCUAAAAGAAGACGACUGCAGGUCCAGACCUUGUCUCUUGAUAGCUACAAUAUUGCCACAUUGAUCUCAGAGUCCACUGUUGUCUUUGUGUGUGCCACCACUGGCCAGGGAGACCCACCAGACAAUAUGAGGAAUUUCUGGAAAUUCAUUUUUAGAAAGUCUUUGCCUGCUGGUUCUCUGUGUCAGCUGGACUGUGCUGUCCUGGGCCUGGGAGAUUCCUCAUAUCCAAAGUUUAAUUUUGUGGCUAAAAAGCUCCAUAAACGUCUUCAGCAGCUAGGAGCCUCUAUGCUGCUCCCUGUUGGGCUGGCGGAUGAUCAACAUGAGCUUGGGUCAGAUGCAGUGAUAGACCCUUGGCUGUUUUCAUUCUGGCAAAGGUUUUAUACUCUGCAUCCUUCUUUGAAAGCUUUACCCUCAUUAAAAGAAGAUGAAGCGCUUCCUCCGACAUUUACUUUAAACUUUUUGGAAGGUGACACUGAUGUGACCUUACUAGCAAGCUCUACAGAGCAGACCAUGCCCUCUUCUUGUCCUUUUCCUGCUAAAUUUUUGUCCAAUACAAGAGUGACUGAUGUGUCACACUUUCAGGAUGUGAGACUGUUUGAAUUUGAUAUCACUGGAUCCAAAAUAGAGUUUUCUGCUGGUGAUGUGGUUAUGAUACGCCCUUGUAAUGCAGCAGAGGAUGUGCAACAGUUUUGCCAGCUUCUGAAAUUAGAUCUAGAGUCCAGAUUUACUCUCAGCCCGACAGAAAACACACCAGUUCCAGCCAGACUUCCUCAGCCCUGCUCUGUGCGCCAACUGGUGGAAACAUACCUUGACAUCGCUGCAGUGCCUCGCCGAUCCUUCUUUGAGUUGCUUUUGACCUUUGCCACCAAUGAACUUGAACGGGAAAAACUAGUAGAAUUUAGCUCCACAGCAGGACAGGACGACCUGCAUGCUUACUGCAGCCGACCACGACGCACCGCACUGGAGGUUCUGUCUGAUUUUCCACAUACUACAGCAGAAAUCAAAGUGGAUUAUCUUCUGGAUUUGUUUCCUGAGAUCCAGCCUCGCUCAUUCUCUAUUGCAUCCUCCUUAAAGGCUCAUCCAAACAAACUCCAGAUACUUGUUGCUGUAGUUCGUUAUAAGACAAAGUUGUAUAAACCCAGAAGAGGGCUGUGCUCAAAUUGGUUAGCUUCACUUGAUCCUGAAAAAGAAGAGCUGUAUGUACCGCUGUGGGUGAAAAAAGGCACACUGAAGUUUCCCAAAGACCAGGAUACUCCAGUCAUAAUGGUAGGGCCUGGAACAGGGGUGGCACCAUUUAGAUCUGCUGUGCAGGAAAGGACAGCUGAAGGAAAAACAGCCAAUGUUCUGUUCUUUGGGUGCCGAUCCAAAUCUAAAGACUUCUAUUUCAAAACUGAAUGGGAAGAGAAGAUACAGGCAGGACAUUUGACUCUCUUUACUGCCUUUUCUCGAGACCAGGAAGACAAAGUCUAUGUUCAACAUCGAAUAAGUGAAAAUGCUGAACUUCUGAUGCACUUGAUAGCCAGUAAAAAUGCAUGCUUUUAUAUCGCUGGAAAUGCCAAAGAGAUGCCCAGUAGUGUGCGUGAUGCUCUGAAAGGUGUUUUUCAGCAGCAAGGUGCAGUCUCUGCUGAGGCUGCAGAGCAGAUGGUGGUUGCUAUGGAGCAGUCAGGUCGACUCCAGAGUGAGACCUGGUCCUGAUCACAUGACCUUCUACAGUUUCUGCUUUGGAAAUAUGGUGUUUUCAUUAUUUGAUUCAUGGGCUUUCUGGAUACUUGACUGCCUUUUAGUAUUUUAUUUUAACUCCAAACCAGAUAAAACUGUCUGGCUUGUGUAGUCUAACAUCCAUAGAAUGCACAAUCAAAGAAUUCUUUAAUAUGCACUGUAUUUAUUGAGGAUUAUUUAUUUAUUAUCUACAUCUAAGAUAAAUCUCAUAAUCAUGGGUCUUAGCUUACUGAUUAUACCUGGUAUUUUGAAUCCUUUUGACAAUAUCCAGUGUUUUGUUAAUUGUAACAGUGCUCAUUUUUCAUCACCCUGCAAUCCACAGAUAAUAUAAAACAAAAAAGAACAUUUGUUUUAUUAAGUUAUAGGCUUUAGUAAUUCCACACCUUUUCUGAAAAUAAACAAUGGUGUACAGUAUAUUCAAAAGACCAUAAAACCGUGAUUGGCCGGCUUCAUCAUCAAUAUAGUCCUGUAUAUUAAAACCCAGCUUUAGAAAACAAGCAGCAUUUUAAUAUUUCUAAUUAAUAAUUUUCCACUACACAAUGACUGUUUUUGUAGAAUUUCUUCAUAGGUCAGAGAAAAAUAUUUUCCUAAACACUUUGUUUUGCCCUUUCAACACAACAGUCAAAGUAUAUUAAAUCCUUUCAUCUCAGUGCUAGAGUGUGGACCUGGUAGAUCUCUUUUGGGAGGUUCAUUUGCUGUUCUUCUUGGACAAUUUGUAAACCAGCUCUUCUCACUAGACUACGGACUAUGUUAAGAUCCCUACAAACACUGCUGUCCACUUCAUCAGGAACCACCCCCUCAUAAGACACAUUGUCCUUAAUUACGAUCAGCCCGUUGGGCCGCAGUGCUUUCUGACAGCGCUGCAGAAACUCCACCAGAUGGUUGUCUGUCAAGUGUCCUGAAAGAGAGUGAAAAACUAAGUGCUUUAGCUAUUAUUAAAAACUUAAAACAACACAA